AUGAAGCUCACUGUAAAGACUCUCAAGGGCAGCCAUUUCGAGAUUAAGGUUCAGCCUUCCGAUACGGUACGUAUGGCUGUCAAGAAGAACAUAAAUGUACAAGGAAAACAAUUACCCUUGUGGCAACAGUUGUUAAUUCACAAUGGUAAUGUUGAAAGUGAGACAACUUUAGCUGAUAAUAAAGUCUCUGAAGAUGGUUUUUCUGUUGUAUGCUUAGCAAGAGUAAAACUCGGGCUAGCUGGGGCUUCAUCUGCUCAGCCUGCUUCCACCACCUCCACAACUGCACCGAGCUCCAAUUCUACACCUGCACCAGAAACCUCUGCACAAGCACCUGCGAAUACUGAUACCUAUGGUCAAGCUGCUUCAACGUUAGUUGCUGGAAAUGAUCUUGAGCAGACAAUUCAAGAAAUAAUGGAUAUGGGUGGUGGAACCUGGGACAAAGAAACUGUUACUCGUGCUCUUCAAGCAGCUUAUAAUAACCCAGAGCGAGCAGUGGAUUACUUGUACUCUGGCAUUCCUGAAACGGCCGAAGUUGCUGUGCCGGUGGCUCGCUUUCCGGCAAGUCAGGCAAGUGAAACUGGUGCAGCAGAAGUUCCACCGGUGUCUGGAGCACCUAAUUCCUCUCCGUUGAAUAUGUUUCCCCAGGAGACACUUUCAGGUGCUGCUGCUGGUGGACUUGGAUCCUUGGACUUCCUUAGAAAUAAUCAACAGUUUCAAGCUUUGCGUUCAAUGGUGCAGUCAAAUCCACAGAUUUUACAGCCUAUGCUUCAGGAGCUUGGAAAGCAAAACCCCCAGCUUUUAAGACUAAUUCAAGAACACCAAGCGGAGUUCCUUCAGUUAAUAAAUGAACCUAUUGAUGGUUCUGAAGGGGAUAUAUUUGAUCAGCCUGAGCAAGACAUGCCACAUGCAAUCAAUGUCACCCCCGCCGAACAGGAGGCUAUCCAACGACUGGAAGCAAUGGGGUUUGAUAGAGCCCUUGUCAUCGAGGCAUUUUUGGCAUGUGAUCGUAACGAAGAAUUGGCGGCCAACUACCUACUGGAAAAUGCUGGAGAUUUUGAGGAUUGAAUUCAUAGUUUUGGUUUUUCAGAUGAAUCGCCUUUCUAUCAGAAUCUUUACUUGGGUAGGUUGCAGAUUGAUUAAAUUAUUGACUCUCAUGAUGAAACAUUGAAAUUAAUUUAUAGUUUUGGGUUUUAGAUGAAUAUUUGACAGCUUCUUACUCGGUUAAUGUUUGGAGUGAUUAAUUUAUGAACUGUGAUGAUGAAUCAUGGAAAAUCAAUUUUGAGAGUUGUUAGUUUCAACUGUUA